GGACUCCAUCACCUCCUGAAUGGUCUCCCCGACGUCGCACAGGCGUACAUCGAUCCCUGCAAACUGGGACGGAGAGGUGUUUACACUCACAUCGACAGCCUUUCAAGGCGAUGCCCGGAGUCGAUCAUUAGUGGUGCGCCAACGCGAGUGUUUGGAGACGGGCGUAGAGCUGUGUAACCAAGCAACAAGCCCAGCACGCCGAGCGGACAGAGGGGCAAGUUUACAGAAGGGAGAGCCAACGAGACGAGACCGAGUCCAAGGGACGCGAGGCAACAUUUUGCGUUUUAAUGCGGCGCACGGAGGAGCGCAGCCCGAGGGCACAGUACAAAGUAACCGGGAGGAUGACAACAAAGAAGGCGACGAGCUCGCUGGGAGCCUGCCAGGUGAACCACGUGGGCAUGGUGAACCCGGUACCCCAUCUGCCGUCGGCGCUGCGCUCAACAUGAAGGACCACGAUCCGAUGGAGGCAUACAGGCGAGCAGCCCCUCAGUUAUUGAAUGAACUGGCUCUCGUACUCUCACAGCGUGAGUGGACCGGGGAUCGGUGUGUUCCUCGCGGGGUUGUAAAUAUUCUGAAUGACACCUGGCAGGACCUCGCCGCGUCGGCGCUGCGCGUGAAAAGUCCGGAUCAGACCCGCAAGCGACGAGGGUCCAGGGGUUCCAUGAAGUUGGGCGAGGCCCCCCGCCAGGUGUCCGCCAGGGGCAAGAGGGAGGCAGGAGGGAGAGACCCGUGUGCUGCGGGAAGUGCUGGUCCCUCUGAGGGAGAACCGCAAAAGGGCUUGAAUCCACGUGUGAAAAAGUGCAAACAAAACACCAGUAGAGCUCACAGCUCCUCAACCGUCAGUUUCUCCAUCUCAUCCGGUGGCUGUAAAGAUCCAGGUUGGAUCAUUCAGCCCAAGCAGCCCUCCUAUGAGGAGCCUCAGCGGAUCAGAUUGUGUCAGUGGGUGGUGGAGCGACUGCAGGCGGCAAGAAAUCCUGAAAAACUGCGAACGGCUGGGCAGCGCGUGAACAGGACACUCAUGCUCCUUCACUAUGGAGAAGCAAAGGCAAAACUGAAGGAGAGGAGAGCCAGGGGAAAGGCCCAGCCUGCCGCUUUAGUCAACGGGAUACCCCAGAUACCAGAAGUGAAGCAGCAGGAUCCAGCACAGCGGAAACUACACUACAGGAUCGACGACGGCUCCUCAUUCAUUUACUACCCUUCUGGUUGUAUGGCAGUAUGCCAGAGCCACUCAGGUCUGUCCCAUGGGGGCUUCUACACCAACGUGUUCAGUGACAGUGAGCGUCCCGUUAUCCUGGCCACUAUCACAGCGUUUGGGCGUGGGGCUGUUACACACCCUCUUAGCUCCUCUAUUACAGCAGUGUGGGACCAGGACGGCGGAUUCAUAAGUGACCAGUAUGGAAACAAAGCUAAGGAGUGGAGCUGGCACACCGAUCGUGCACUGAAGGAGAAGAUCGUUAUAGAGUUGUCAGAUCUGAUCUUUGUGACGCUGCUCAAUGGUACUUAUGCCUUGCUCACCUUCAGGUGCAACAACGAAAGUGUUCAACUUCCUCUUUCCGCCCUGUCCAACAUGAAACAAUCAAAGGAAACGCUGUGCUUGCAGACUGAUGGAAGGCUUACCUCUGACGCUGCUCAAGACCUCCUGCUGGCGAGGAAGGCAAAAUCCCCUGCUGUGGCCCUAGAGUGCAAGAGGAACCAGACACUAACAGCUGUGUCUGUGUGCUCCCGGGAGGUCCUGCAGAUGUUCAGAGAGGUGGAGCGGCCGGAGGAGCCGUCAGCACAAUGGAGAAGAGGAGGGCUUUCUGGCAGGGAGCUGAAGAAGCUUCAGCAGAGAGUACGAAACUCCCUGGAUGACUGGCUGGACUAUUAUCGUGCAGCCAUUGGUAUCAAGUGUCCUGAAACGGAGCGGAUGCCAGAUGCCCCACUGAGGACCAGGCUGAGGAGAGAGGUACAGUCAGCUGCUCUGCCCUCUCUCAACCCGCCCGCGUGGGCAGAUGCAAAACCGGUCCGGCCAGAGGAGGAGUGCGGCAAUGAGCGACGGGAGCUGCAGAGGCGCCUGUCAGCACCAGCAGAAACACCUCCUGACUCCCCCGUCAGCUUGCCAAGGACACCUAAAAAGCAAGCAAAGGAGGAGCCCUGUGUCACAAAGAUAGGACCUCUUCAAAUUCACGGCAACUUCAAAGUGGAGUCAGUGAUUAUUCCAGAGAGUCCACAGUCGCAGCCUGCUGCUGUCAGCCGCUGUCCAGCCCCGCCGUCAUUCACCCCCUCCGUCCCCCUCACAGUGUGCCCUGUGCUGCUGAGAGCUGCCCUGCUAGGGGAGGGGGGGCGGAGGCGGUGCUGCUGCAGUGUUACAAUGAUGCCAGUGGUGACAGACCUGGAGUACGAUGCCUUUGUGAUGGGCCAGCCUCCCCACAGUCAACAGAUCCUGGUGGUGUGCGUGACUCUGCCACGCCAACCUGUCAACAGCUCACAAGCAGUGCCUGACCAGGACGUGCUGGAGCAGCUUUACAGGAGGAGGAACAAGCACAGAACCAUGCCAUGUGCCCAGUGCCAAGUGGAUUCAUUUCGCCUGGUGAGGUAUGAGAUGUCAACAGGGAAGCCCAGCUGUGGAUUCGAGAACAUCCUGCUGCAGCAGCGACACAAUGCUGCUCCUGGGAUGGUCCUGAUGUACAUCAGAGGGAAGCUGCAGUCUGCCGGCUACAUAUUCAGUGGUGGCGGCUGCUCAGUCAGGGACCUUCAACAGCAAAUCUCCAGAACCAGGGGAGACUACAGAUUAGGUCUGAGACUCCCACCAGACUACAAGUUCAGUGUUACACUGAAUAACCCAGCAGCCCCAGAUGCACGCAACUCACAAGAUGCAGCACUAAAAGCAGGAGAUGACAUAACGCUGCCUGCUUCAGUGGAAAAGGCCAAUGAGAGAAGAAACACUAGAGCUCCGGAGGCAUCACGCCAACGACAGAGAGGCUUUUGUAUCCAACCAAAAAAAGACUCCUGCGUUUCCUCGUGUUCCUGUUAUUACACACGGAAUAUACUCCGGUGACAGGAUUACCUCUGUGUCAGUCUCCAAAGUUACCGAAGUGCACCAACUGGCGGUUAACACCUGGGGUUAACGUGCAGGUCAAACUGCAAACACAUAAUUUACUUACUAUGCAGGUUUGCACCAAUCUGUGACGGAGAUGGAAAAUGUCUUUGAAUCUCUGACAGUAAGGAGAUUGCUGGCAAACUCUUGUGGGCAUCAGGGCGAAAGAUCAUCGAAGACAGUCGGGAAGUGCAGAUGUUUCAGUGUUCUCUGAAUAAUAGGCUUCUCAUCUUAUGUGAAUAUGAAUGGCGAAUGUAUAUUUAUUGUAUUUUUUCCGUGAAGAUGAGCAGAUUUAAUAAA